AUGUUUAUCGUGUUCUCGACGCCUACCUACUACAAGGUUAAUGGUGACGGCCUCAAUCAGACGUUUAAGUCUGUUUUGCCUUCCGGAAAAGACGGCUUGGAGUCAGGCCUCCUCAUCAUGACGCAUGACAGUCACAUCGUGCAACCUAUUCUGAAGCCCGACCACGUGACGCUCAUGAUGGGCUCAAACUUCAACAAGUGGAUGUACUCGUCAAUGCAUAUGCCGGCUGUAAAGCACGUCUUGCGUUUACCUGUGAUUGACAUAAUGCCGACACAGCGGUUGUUGCGCACAUGGUUCGGUAAGACGACGUUGUUGCCGUCAUACCAGCGCUUGCUGGGGCAGAUGGACAUCAAGACGCACGCGAGUGCCUCGGCGAAUUAUGUGCGCAAAUUGCAUGAAUCAAAUCGUCAGAUGCUGGGAGCUCCUGUCCGUCACUUAACUCGUCAAGAAGCCAAGAUGCGGGAUGCAACCCAAGUUAUUGCCGGCACCUACCGGGGAGCUGUAUUAGGUCUUGCUUUAAUCCUGGCGAGUAUGGAUAUUAUAUUGCCCUCCUAA